AUGCAACUCAAGCGCACUCUACCCCUGAUCAUCCUGCCCCUCCUCGCGGGCACCGCCCUGGGGGCAAGCUGUUAUGACAAAGGCCAGCAGUGGAAGGACGUCGGGACCGAGUCGGUGCUGGACGAGGCCUUCAGGCGGGUCUGUGACAAGACGAAGCUUGCGGGCGAGUACCCAAGGAAGGAGGCCGUCAGGACCUGCGAGAACGUCGCGGGCCACAGCUUCCUCGUCACGAUCCAGCACAUCGACAGCUUGUACGGCUUGGACCCGUGGUUUCUGUCGUCUGGGACCUGCUUCGACCUCCUGAAAAAGGUCUAUCUCGCAUGCCCCGACCGCGGCGGCAGCAUGAUCCUUACAGCUGGCGGCGGCGAAGAAAUGCCGUGGGUUGCCGCGGACGUCCGCCUGGAUCCUGAGAACAGCUGUUGCAACUGCUGA